AUGUAUUCCCUCAGAGGGACCAAGUGGAAGCGGCAGACGGCGGUGGGUCUGGAACUGCUGGCGGAGGCCGGGAACUACUCGGCCCUGCAGAGGAUGUUCCCCUCGCCGUAUUUCUACCCGCAGAGUCUGAUGUCCAACCUGGACCCCGGGGCGGCCCUCUACCUGUACAGGGGCCCCUCCGCACCCCCGCCCGGCCUCCAGAGGCCCCUGGUCCCCCGCAUCCUCCUGCACGGCUUGCAGGGGGGAAGCGAGCCGCCGCCCCCUCCCCCCCUGGCCCCCAUGUCGGGUGUGCUCCCCCGGCCCGCCCAGCAGCGGUGAGCGGGCCACCCCGGAUGUUGGCCCCCUACAAAAUAAAAGACUUUUAUGAAAGAAGACACUAAGGCAGCAGCUUUUUCACCUCCUGGAAGAAACGAAGAAACGCUCCUUUUUUUGUUGGACUUAUUUAUGUCUUAUUUAUAUUUUUAAGUUAUGUAUUUAUUUGAAGUCGUCAUACAUGCUGGUGCUCUCUCUCUCUCGCUCUCUCUCUGACACACACUAUUUUAUUUUUUUACAUCGAUAUUAUUAACAAUUAAAGUGCAUCAGUAUGAAUCCAUGUCUCCUGUGAACUUUGACCCCCCUGUUUAAAAUGCUGUAAAUAAGAAUAUUUUACAUGAGACUGCAACUUUUCCUUUUGUCUCGAUGCACUUGAACAUAUUAGGCUAGAUUAGCCAUCAAAGUCUUCAAUAUGAAAUGAAAUCCAAACAUUUUUUAUUAUUUUUUUUUUUUAGUCGUUAACUUAUAUGCCAAAUAAUUUAUUUCAGCUCAUCACUGCAUUUUUUUUUUUUUUUUUAAUAAUUUCACACAGUACAGAAAUGAAACCAUUUUUUUAUAAACAGCCUGUUGAUUUGCUCUGGAUGUAUUUGAAAAAUGUGCAUUUAUUUUUUAAUGUUAUUUCAUAUUUAUGAAGCCGUGAUGACUUUGAUCUAUGUUCUCCUAUCUUUUGGUGGAAAAAAAAUGUAAUAUUGCAAUUAUCAAACUUGUGGAGUGGUUCUUGUUCCUUUAUCCGUUCCUCAAGUUCCUUUUUUUAUUUCCCAUGGUGACAAAUAUUUACAGUAUACAGUAAGGACAGAAAGAG